GACGCGCUCCGCUGCGCGUGCUUAUUUUCGAGUGCGCUUGGGCGGUCCCGGCUAGGGGGAGUUUCGCUCGGUGCGGCUCGCUGCCCAAUCACCUCGGGCGGCCAGGAUUGACGCGCCCACUGUCCAGUGGCAGAGCAGACCCGUGAGCCGCACUCCAAUCGCGAGGCUCAGAGGGCGGGCACCGCGCUCAAGCGCGCGGCGGGAGGAGAUGGCGGUGCGGCGGCAGCUGCGGGAGCUGUUCCAGGAUCCGCAGCUGUUCCAGGACCCGCAGCUCGUCGGGACCAUCGUGCUGGAGCGGGCGUCCUCCCCGGCCGCUGCCACCUGGAUGCCGUCGCCGCCGUCGCCGCCGUCGCCCUUGCCGCCGGCCGCGGAGCCGGCGUCGCCUCCGCGGCAGCAGUGUCCGCUGCCGGAGCUGUGCGCCGUGUUCCACUGCCGCGGCUGCUGGACGGUGCUGGGGGACUCGCUGCAGUUGUGCGCGCCGGAGGCGCCGCGGUUCGGCUUCCUCGCCUGCUUCAAAGUCACCAGUGAUGUGGUCUGGGAGGAUUCGCUCUUGAUCGGCCUCGAGGAACCGCUCCUGGGAUGUGCUUACAAUGCGUUAUCCUGUCGGUCAUGUGGCUUGUCUGUGGGCUUCAUCCUCCAUUCUGCCGCCAGUGACCUGGCAUAUCUCCGAGGCUUGUUCUGUUUCUUCAAGGACAGAAUCCUCUGUUAUCUCUUAGAAAACCAAAUGGUUAUAGAAGCUUCUAAGGUGGAUUUUCCUGCUGUGACCUUAAAGAAACAAGUGCAGGAACUGAAAGAAAAGCUUGUGGAGUUCCACAUUCGCAUAGAAUUGCUGACGAACAAGCUGAAGGAACUGGAACAAAGUAAUUAUGCACACAAUGGCAGAGCUCUGCAUCAGAUACAGAUGGCCUACCACCAGGAUAUGCAGGAGUUAGGAUCAACUAGUAGCUGUUUUCAAGAACUGCUGGAGUUGUUUCUGCAUCUCUGCUGAGUUUGUUCAUUAUGGUGAAAUAAUGCACCAGAUCAGAUUUGAGUGUUGAUCUGUCACUUUAUCUGUGUAUGGAAAGAACUGAUGAUUAAGUGCAUCCCUUCAGGGGAACACCUGAAAACCUGACAUCCUGAAGUUAUGCUUGGAAGGCUGAAUAACUCACCCAUGCAGCACAUCACUCUCUGAGGCAGUAUAACUGUGACUUUGUUUUUUUUCUCUUGGGGGAAAACAGCCUUUGAAAUACUAAAGUCAGGCUUCUGGAGCUAUACAAACACACUAACAAGGUGAUAUUCAAGAGGAGCUGUUAUAAAUUGACCAUUCUUAGAGAUGUAAAGUUUUUGUCCUACCUUUUCGUAUAGAUAGUGUUAAUGGCAGCCUGGGUGUUAAUGGCAGCUGGUUGUUGGUUAAGUGGCUCAUUAGCUAUAUCUCAUAUGCAGGCACUGCUAAAUGGACUCCUGAAUAGUUCUUUCAGAUUUGCUCAAUGUGUGUGGCCUGCAAAAGGAGCAGGCUGGCAUGUCACAGAUGCUACACACUGUUCUUAUUGCAUGAAUCUGGAUGGCACAAUGCAGGCUCUAGCACAAGGUUUUGGAUUUCAAUUAAAGGGCAACCCAUGUGCUUGCCAAGACCUCUGGAAUGCAGCCCCAUGACUGCACAGGACUGAGUCAAAUACAUCCAUUUAGGCUGUGAGCAACUGCCUUUAACAAAUUUGAGCACUUCUUUCUGGGGCUGAAACUGUGAAACCAAGGAACAGUCUUCUCCUUCACUUCUGCUCAGCCACAGGAGCUGCUCUGCUGGAGUUUUAAUGAUCUGCCUGCUGCCUUCAAUUGGCCAGUCAAGAUAUUUCAUAAAAAACACCUAAUUGGCAUUUCUUUCUAUUUUGACUGGGUUCUGCUUAUUUCCAAACAUUGGAAAAUAAUUUGAUGGAAAAGAAGGAGCACUACUUACCAUUUGUUACCGGGACAGAGUAUCUUUAUCCCUAAUUCUUGUUUGUUGGAAGGUUAAGGGUUCUUUUCCUCUCCUUUUUGCUGCCUAAAGGGUGAAUGUUUUUCCCUAAGGGGAUCAAAUACUUUAUGGGAAGUUUAGUAAUUGUCUGUAGUAGUCUAGAGAGGAUUCUAUUUACUUGAUCAGCUUAAUUCCAGUGAUGCUACGUGCAAGCAUCUUUCCACCUCAGGUAAAUGUUUUCCAUUUUAUAACUUCACCUUUGUGGUACUUCCUAAGUGACAGCAUUUUGUUGUUGCCUUAGUCUAAGAAAUGUGAUUGAUAAUGGGACUACUUGCUUUUGCCCUUUCAUUUCAGUUUCUGCAUUGAGACUCUUUCUUGCUAUAUAUUUUAUGUCUAUAUAUACUGUGUAUAAUAGUGCUAAAUAGCUUUGCUUCAUCUGGCUAAGUGUCAAUGCCUAAAAGGGAAAGAAAGCUGUCAGUUACAUUUUUGUAUUAUAUUUACAGUUGUGAAAAAGAAUUUUUUAAAUUAAAAAAAAGCUGACAUUCAGAAAUUCAUAUUGUGCAAAUCAUUGCCAAUAUCAUGAGUCACAGGCCUACUUCUUUUUCUUUGAUUAUGUUUGCAGGAAUAAAACAUCAGUUUAUCUUGCUUGAGUCCUGGGUUGUUAUGAGGCAUUUAAUGAACGGUUCCUCAAAUUAUAUUACUUAGCAUGAAUUUAAACAAAUAAUGAAUAUAUGCUAAAUAAUAGCUGUUAAUUUUUUAAACUACAUUUCUGUAAUCUUUUGAACUGGGAGGACCUCUAAGUAAAUUCUGUUUUAAGAUGCAAUCUGUAUAAAAUAAAUACAUUAUCUUCAGUAAUUUGAGAUGAACAUUUACUGAGAUACCAAGUUAAACCUAUGGAUGCAUUUUGAUUUAACUGAUGCUUAUAAAGUUCUUUGUGAAAGAGUCAGCAUUUGAUCCCACAGCCUGUCCGGGAUUCAAAUUCCUUUUAAUCUGAAAUUGCUCAGUGAAUAAAUGUUUUUGUUAUUCUAGAGUAGAGUCUUAUCUCCUGUAGCUAGGCAUCUUGAGAUGUGUUCUAGCCUUCAGUGCAGGCAGGGCCAGUCUGGCUUGCAAGGGAUGGAUUCUCUGUUUAAAUAAAUAACAACCACUUAGAAAGCAAGUCUCAAGCUCAGGCCUUCUUAUGUUAGCUAAUCAGCAGCUGUCUUCUCUGGCAUCCACAGAUAAAACCCAAUAGAAAAUGAAACACUGGUUGAACAGGCUAUUGAAGUAACAAUCAUACUGUGAAUCUUCUGUAAGGUAGCAGAAGGGUCAGCAAUCCACAACAGAUUUUGGAAAGCUUGUGGCAGUAUUAAAAGACUUCUCAGGUACUCCUGAUGAGGUGGUGUCCUACUGCUGCAUUAGAGCAGUUGCCAAAACUGCUUGCAGCAGCAACUGCAAGGAAAGUAGUGCUUCCCUGCAGGUUGUGACAAGCCAACCACAGAAGAAAUUUUUCAGAAAUGUAGUUAUCAAAACAAUAAACAAUCCGUGUAUAUAAAACAGUUACCUGAGGGGCUUAUUACUUUUAGGCCAUCUAUACAAGCAACAUAGGGUUCUGCUACCCUCUAAAACAACCGUUGAAGCUUUUAACUGGUAAGUUACUCAUCUUAUGAGUGGAAUAACAAUUUUUGUUUAGUUGCCUUCCAAGUUAGAGGCUCUUGUGCUUGAAAUCUGCUGGAACAGCUGGCCCUAAAGCAGAUAUCCAGCAUAUAUCAGUUCAGCUCAAAUUGUUAAGUUUUCACAAAGAUACAGCAAGUACAGACA